GUGAUUUAAUAUCUAAUAGAUUCGAUAAUAAGGAUAAAAGGAACAACUGAUGGAAUCCAACAACAAAAGAGCGGCCGCCAGGCUCUGCCGCAUAAGCUUCCACAGUUUAUCAUGACAUUUUUCGAAGCCUUUGUCUUCGAAAGGAUCAUGCCCCUCGAAUGGGAAUCUAGACUGGCAGACCGGUAUGGAGGACGUAUGAUGGUAGAGGUAUCUAGAGAGUUCCAGCCAUUGCAUCAUGCUAUACACGCGAUUACCAAGCUGUCUCUCGUAUCCAAAGGGUACUCCCAUCUGCUCGAAUGCGCUCUUCAGCACUAUCAACAGGCUGUCUCCAUCCCUGUUGGAUUUGUGAUCUACCCCUAGGGUCUCUGCUAUAUCUGCAUUUUCUACUGCUAAUAUUCGACAUAUCCUUCAAGGCAAAUAGUAACGAGACGGGCGAGGCUAUGUGGUCACAACACAUUCGACAGUUGGGAAAUAUUGUACAUCAACAAGACAAGGUGAAAUUGAAUCGACUACAUAUCAAGAUACUCUGGUACACCUUACUCCUGGACGUGUACGCAGCGCUUGCCGGGAACCCGAAUUCUUGCCAUUUCCUGGACAUGUAUCGAGUCAAGCAAUCAUCUUUCAUCGCUCCGUGUGCAUCACGACAUGUUGUCAGGCAAUCAUGCCAGGAUAAU